AGUAAUACACAAGCGGCCUAACACGAGUCUACAAGAGCGAUUAAACGUCACUGAUCAGUCUUCAUCAUUCGAGGCAACGUGGAGUUUACCUUUAUAGUUUUUAGUGUUUUAGUAUUUUACAGCAGAACCACAGAGAUCGUAAUUCGAAAUUGAAUCACUGAACUCGGUUAAUAUAGCAUCAUGUCUGAAGAUACUGUCGGUGCUGUGGAGAAACUUUCUAUUGGUGAACUCUACACAUCUGAAAAAAAUGGUAAUGAUACGUCAGGCGAUGGUACAGAGUCAAAGCCUUUCAAGACCAUAUUGCAGGCCAUGAAACAUGCUGGAAAAGAACCAUUUCCAGUGAUUUAUGUGGAUUCUAAAACCGAAGGCAUCAAAUUCGAACCUGCUCCUAAAACUCAAUUAAAGAAAAAUCAAAAAUUUUGGGUCAGGGAACAUCAUAAAAAUUUAGAAAAAGCCAAGAAAGAAGAAGAAGAUGCUGCUAAAAGAAAUAAAAAUCUAGAAGAAGCAAAAAAAUUGACAUUAUCUGAAGAUUCUACUUUACCACCAGCAACUUUGAUUAAAAUAAAGAAUGCUUCUAAAUAUCGAAAUUCAAGGGUUAAAAUGUACGGAUGGGUACAUAGACUUAGGAGACAAGGAAAAUCCUUAAUGUUUAUCACUUUAAGAGAUGGCACAGGAUUUAUACAAACUGUUCUUAAUGACAUAUUAUGUCAAACCUAUAAUGCUUUAAUGCUGUCUACUGAAUCGUCUGUUCUUCUCUUUGGAGUUUUGAAAGAAGUACCCGAAGGAAAGUCUGCACCAGGAGGACAUGAACUUCAAGUUGAUUAUUGGGAAUUAGUUACAUUAGCACCACCUGGCGGUGCUGAUUCUAUUUUGAACGAAGAUGCCAAUCCAGAUGUGUUAUUGGACAAUAGGCAUAUUGCCAUUCGCGGAGAAAAUACAUCCAAAAUUUUGUUAAUGAGAUCAGUGGUUACUCAAGCAUUCCGCAUGCAUAAUCUAGAUAGAGGCUGCAUCGAAGUUGUACCUCCUACAUUAGUACAGACUCAAGUGGAAGGCGGGUCUACAUUGUUUAAACUAGAUUAUUUUGGACAAGAAGCAUAUUUGACUCAAAGCUCCCAGCUUUAUUUAGAAACUUGUUUACCAGCACUUGGUGAUGUAUUUUGUAUGGCACAAAGUUAUCGUGCUGAACAGAGUCGUACGAGAAGACAUUUAUCCGAAUAUACUCACGUAGAAGCUGAAUUUGCAUUUAUUACCUUUGAUGAUCUAUUAAAUCGAAUCGAAGAUUUGGUUUGUGAUGUAGUGAGACGUGUUUUAGAGUCACCACAUGCAGAUAUUGUUAAACAAUUAAAUCCAGAAUUUACUGCACCAAGUAGACCAUUUAAAAGAAUGGAUUAUAAAGCGGCUAUUACAUUUUUGCGAGAAAACAAUAUAACCAAGGAAGAUAAUUCAUUUUAUGAAUUUGGAGAGGAUAUUCCGGAAAUGGCUGAAAGAAAAAUGACGGAUUUGAUUAAUCAGCCAAUUAUGCUGUGCAGAUUUCCCGCUGAAAUCAAAUCAUUCUAUAUGUCUCGAUGUCCUGAAGAUAAUACUCUUACUGAAUCUGUGGAUGUAUUAUUACCGGGUGUUGGUGAAAUUGUUGGUGGUUCAAUGCGUAUUUGGGAUCAAGAAGAGUUACUGGCAGGUUAUAAAAAGGUUGGAAUUGACCCAAAACCGUAUUACUGGUAUACUGAUCAGAGAAAAUUUGGAUCAUGCCCUCAUGGUGGAUAUGGCUUAGGAUUGGAAAGAUUUAUGUGUUGGUUAUUGAAUAGAUACCACAUCCGUGAAGUUUGUCUGUAUCCAAGAUUUUUAGACAGAUGUACUCCAUAGAAGUAGUAAUGAAGUAUCAACAUAAUAAUUAAUUUUAUGUGACUUAAAAAAAAAAAUUGUAGUAACUUAGUUUUUUUUCUUUAUUUAUACUCAAAAUAAAAAUAUUAAAAUACAUAA